UCAAGAUAUAAAUAAACAGUUCUUACAUAAGAUUGUUGACUGCUAUAAAAAUGUAAAGAACAUCGACAGACCAUAAAAUUUGGCAAUAAGAGUUACUGUUAUGCGGCAUAAACUCAAUAAUUCAUAUCAGAAAACAAAUGUGUUAAACUACAGAACGAAGUAGAGCCCACGUAAUGAUGUUAAAACCUUUGAAAUAGAGUGGAUGAAGUUCAUGCCUUGUCGCAUUAGAACACACGACAGGGGCAAAGCAUGCGCUCUGGAAAAUGAUUAUCAAAUGUUUAGCAGCUAGAAACAAGGAGUUUGGUUUAGUGACAAGGUGUUUGGUUUAGUGACAAGGAAUUUGGUUUAGUGACAAUGUGUUUGGUUUAGUGACCAGGAAUUUGGUUUAGUGACAAGAUGUUUGGUUUAGUGACAAGGUGUUUGGUUUAGUGACCAGGAAUUUGGUUUAGUGACAAGGUGUUUGGUUUAGUGACAAGGAAUUUGGUUUAGUGACAAGGUGUUUGGUUUACUGACAAGGAGUUUGGUUUAGUGACAAGGUGUUUGGUUUAGUGACCAGGAAUUUGGUUUAGUGACAAGGUGUUUGGUUUAGUGACAAGGAAUUUGGUUUAGUGACAAGGAGUUUGGUUUACUGACAAGGAGUUUGGUUUAGUGACAAGGUGUUUGGUUUAGUGACCAGGAAUUUGGUUUAGUGACAAGUUUGGUUUAGUGACAAGGAGUUUGGUUUAGUGACAAGGAGUUUGGUAAAGUGAUAAGGAGUUUGGUUUAGUGACACGGAGCUUGGUUUAGUGACAAGUUUGGUUUAGUGACAAGUUUGGUUUAGUGACAAGGAGUUUGGUUUAGUGACAAGGUGUUUGGUUUACUGACAAGGAGUUUGGUUUAGUGACAAGUUUGGUUUAGUGACAAGGAGUUUGGUUUACUGACAAGGAGUUUGGUUUAGUGACAAGGAGUUUGGUAAAGUGAUAAGGAGUUUGGUUUAGUGACACGGAGCUUGGUUUAGUGACAAGUUUGGUUUAGUGACAAGUUUGGUUUAGUGACAAGGAGUUUGGUUUAGUGACAAGGAGUUUGGUUUACUGACAAGGUGUUUGGUUUAGUGACAAGGUGUUUGGUUUAGUGACAAGGAGUUUGGUUUAGUGACAAGGAAUUUGGUUUAGUGACAAGGAGUUUGGUUUACUGACAAGGAGUUUGGUUUAGUGACAAGGUGUUUGGUUUAGUGACCAGGAAUUUGGUUUAGUGACAAGUUUGGUUUACUGACAAGGUGUUUGGUUUAGUGACAAGUUUGGUUUACUGACAAGGAGUUUGGUUUAGUGACAAGGAGUUUGGUUACAAGGAGUUUGGUUAAGUGACAAGGAGUUUGGUUAAGUGACAAGGAGUUUGGUUUGAAAUGAAACACGCCGAACUGUUAGCUUUAAAGUUUAACAUUGUAUCUCAAGUUAUUUAAACUAUAUAGGUGAUUUAUUCACUUGAAAAUACAGUUGUUUGAGAUUGAAACGUCCUUGGAAACAUCAUACAGUCUCAGCGAGACGUCAACGACCAUCAUGGUGGAUUCUCGUGAAAGAGCAAGGCUGCAAUGGCGGGGUAAACUUGAAUUUCUUUUCACCAGCAUCGGCUUUACAGUUGGACUUGGGAAUAUAUGGCGCUUUCCCCAUCGAUGCUAUGUUAACGGUGGAGGCGCCUUUCUCUUACCCUACGCUAUUACCUUGCUGUUGUGCGCAUUCCCGAUGCUGUUUUUGGAAAUGUUUCUCGGACAAUUCGCCUCUGAGGGAGCAAUUAGUAUCUGGAAAAUAUGUCCUUUGCUCAAUGGCGUCGGAUGGGCAAUUAUUUUCAAUUCGACGUUGACAAAUAUAUACUACUCAGUUAUUGUAAUGUACUCUGUUUACUAUACAUUCGUGGCUUUUGUGAAUAUUGGUGGACCGCUGCCAUGGCAAAGUGUGAACAACAGUGCUAUUUCUGAUCACUGCUUAAAUUCUGCAACACCUGAGGAUUAUUGGAAUAAGAUUGUUUUGCGAGUACACGAUGAUAUAGACACGGAGAAAAAGGACUUUGACAACUUAGGAGCCAUCGUCGGUCGAAAUAGCCUCUGUCUACUAUUUGUUUGGCUGUUUGUGCUAUACUGCUGUCUCCGUGGUAUACGCUCUAUAGCCAGGGUAACCUACGCUACAGCCACGUUUCCCGUGCUUUUUCUGCUUAUUAUGUUUGUUCGAGGUGUGACACUUGACGGGUACAAAGAAGGACUCAACUACUUCUUUAAACCUGACUGGAGUAAACUUUCCGACAUGGCAAUAUGGUCUAGUGCCGCUAGCCAAGCUAUGUACUCCAUGGGGACGGGCUAUGGGGCACACAUAGUCCUUGCUAGCUACAACGAAUUCCAUAAUAACACUUUCAGGGACGGCAUUAUUCUUUGCAUCAUCAACACUGCGACAAGUAUCUUCGGAGGGAUUAUAGUGUUUUCUUUCCUAGGUUAUGCCUCAGUGAAGAAUAAUCAACCAAUGUCGGAAAUAGCUGACAAUGGACCUGGAAUGAUAUUUAUUUCUUACAUACAAGGGAUAUCCGAGCUACCCGGAUCGGCAUUCUGGGCGUUCCUGUUCUUCGUAAUGGUUUUUACACUUGGGGUUGAUUCACUCUUUGUGUUGGUGUGGACAAUAUACGCUUCGUUGGAAGACAUAUUCCCUGAGAAAUUCUUUCGGUGGAAAAAGUUCAUAUUAUGUUCGAUCUGCCUUGUUCAUUAUUUGUUGUGCCUACCAUUAGUGACGGAGGGUGGAAUUCAUAUCGUGGUUCUAAUGGACCAGUAUACAUCCAACCUGAGUUUAGCGCUUUUCUUGCUUCUCGAGGCUAUAACGGUAUGCUGGAUAUAUGGACUCAAGAAGUUCGUUGCUGACAUGGAGCUGAUGGUUGGGAAAAGAUUCAUCUGGAUGCAGUGGUAUCUCCGGGUCACAUGGCUCACCACUGUCCCAGCCUUUUGUUUAUUUCUAUUCUUCGCGUCUGCCAUCAGUUAUCAACCGUCCUCCUACAGUGAACAGGAAGUGACGUCAUCUGGGGAAGCAGUCGGCUGGCUUAUUACAAUAACCCCUAUUCUGAUCACGUUGGCGUUCGCCGUCAUGCACAUAUUUAGACAUCGCACUCCGGGAAAAUCCUUCAAAAGCUUAAUCCGCGAGGCGACCGUUGAAGGCUCAAGAUGGGAACCAAGAACACCCGAAGACAGAGUCGGAACUCGCUACGAUGACAACAUCUAUAUCCGGCCCGUCACAAGCAACGCCUAACGCGGAGAACAUGGGAAAGAGUUGUGUGUCUACGCAUGUGCGUGUCCGUGUGUGUGUGUGGCAUAUUGGUACAUCAUAAUAUCCCUGUCCAUUCAGCUAAUCUGUCAGUAUGUUGGCACAUUCUUAUAGUCCUGUCUUGCUGCGACUCUGCAAAUAUUUAAGCACAUUUUAAUAGUCCGGUCUUUGCAACAACUCUGCCAAUACCUGGUCACGUUUUUAAAUUCCUGUCCUUUCAGGAACUUUGUCAAUAUUUUGGCAUAUUAUAAUAUUGAUUUCUUUGCAGCGACUCUGCCUGCCUGUGUUUCCACAUUCUAAAAUUCCUGUUCCUGCAGUGACUCUGUUAUAUUUUAGCAACUCUGCUUAUGUGGUUAUGGAUUUAAAUAUUCCUGCCCUUGCAACGACCAGGGGCGUUCCUGAUGCACUUUGAAAUGGUAGCCAAUAUGAUUAAGUAAGGCUUGGAAAUGUGAAAGUCUUUCAUGAAGGUUGCCUCCAACUGCUAUAUGGGGUGUUGUAUUACAUAUAAACUUGUCUUUAUUGCAUGAUUGUUAAUAUGUUAUUAUGUACUUCACAUAUAUUGCCUGAAGGAUCCACAUACUAUAAUCGAAUGACUGAGAAAAGUAGUAUAUAUCAAUUGUUUGACCAUUUUAAAACCAUUAAGCUUGAUUAUCCGGAUAUUUUAUUGUUUUGUCCAGGGAUUUUAAUUUACGUUCGAGAGACUUUUUAGAUUUUAUCCCAAACGAUAAUCUUGACUUUAUAUUUGGUGACGUAGAAUACGAGGGAAGUAAUUUUGAAAUUCCACGAAACAACAAAGAUAUUAUUCGAGGGAACAAUUUUGGUAAAACAUUAGUGAACUUUUGCUGUAUUUUUGAUGUACAUCUAUUCAAUGGAAGAUUCCCAGGUGAUAUACGGGGAGAAUAUACUUGCUUUUCAAACGACGGAGUUAGUACCGUUGAUUAUAUGAUAGCCUCUUCUGGUUUUUUUCAAUAUGUUGCGGAUUUUUCAGUCUUGAAUAAGGACGAACCUGAUCAUUUUCCUAUCUCAUGUAAAUUGAAAUUUAAAGCGAAAGAUAUGUUACAAAGAAAAGAACUGCUAGAUGAUAUAAGUAGUAGUAGUAGUAGUAGUAGUAGUAGUAGUAGUAGUAGUAGUAGUAGUAGUAGUAGAACGAAAACAGAAACAUACUGUUGGCGGAGUUCGUUUAAGGAUAUUUUUGCUAACAAUGUCCGGCAUUUACUACAAUUGCCAUCCUCAGCACCCCAGCGAAUCAUAACCUAUAUGAUACCCUGGGCAAAUCAGCUGUAAAAAUCUCGUACUCAUAAAUAAUCCAAUGAGAUCACUGCUUACAAAUCGUUUUAGGCAGGAUAUUGUUCAAUAUGCCGAUAGCUAUUCACAAAGGAGAGUCUUUCAUUUUGGUUAUCGGCUAUUUCAUUGGCCGGAAAAUACUUAUGAAUAUUCAAGAAUUACGAAGUUUCCCUAGCCAAUUUGCCCAGGGUACCAUAAAGGUUAUGAUACGCUGUGGUGCCGAGGAUGUACAAUUGCACGCACAUGAAAUAUUACAGUCUUUGAAUGAGGGUGUUAACCAAUAUAUAAAUAAGUUAACAGCACUAUAUUAUGAAGCUGGGGAAUGUAUGAAAUUUAGAGCAAAAUACGUGUCUGAUCAACCUCCGUGGUGGGAUGACGAGUGUUACACCUUAAAACAACACAAAAAUUCUGGUUUACGCUCAUUUCGCUGUUCGAAUAAUAUGUAUGACUUGAGAAUAUACAAAGAUAAACGCAAUGCGUUUAAGACCUGUUGCUGUAGGAAACAGUACGACUAUCAACGUAGAAACAGAUUGAACCUUGUAAACAGUCCUAAUCCCAACUCUUUUUGGAAACAACUGAAACUUGGUAUAAAGAAACCAAAUACUGUGUGUAGUAUCUCUCCAAAUUAGUGGUUUGAUUAUUUCAAAAGUUUACUAUAUGACGAUAACGCUGUGUAAGUUGACCCUAAUACUGAAAAUAUUCACAAUUCAAUUGAUCAUAGUGCUAGCCCACUUAACGAUCCGUUUACCUUAAAUGAGAGAGAACUUGCUACUUCUAAUCUUGUUAAUAAUAAAAGCUGUGGAUUAGAUGGAAUCCCUUCCGAGUUUUAUAAAUACACUUGUUCUGAUAAAGGACCUUUUUUGUUACACUUAUUUAAUAGCAUUCUGUCGACUGGCAUUUUUCCUGAGUCUUGGGGGCAAAGUAUUAUAUCUCCUGUGUACAAAUCUGGACCCAAUACUGUACCGGGGAACUACCGGGGGAUAUCUAUAACUAAUACAAUGUACAAAAUAUGUUCAGGUGCCAUUAAUAAAAGGCUAUAUAAUUGGGCUGAAGACAACCAUAAAAUUGAUGAAUGUCAAGCUGGGUUUCGUCGUAAUUACUCGACAGUCGAAAACCUAUUCUGUUUACAAGCCAUGGUGCAAAAAUAUCAAUCAAAAAAGGGAGGGCGCUUCUACUGUUUAUACGUAGCCAGGCCUAAAAAAAAAAUACAUUUGGUUCGGGUUACCCGACCCUACCUACGGAAUAGGCGCCGACCCUACCGUUUUUAUAGUCAGUUUGAAAAAAAAAUGAAAAACUAAAAAUUUAUUAUUAAAUUAAAUUAUUUUUUUAUUGCUUUUUAAUAUUAAGUUUAAACCUUAAAUGCUUGUACAGAAGAUAGCUUUAACACCAUUCUCCAAUGAUGAAAAUUAUAUUCUUAUAUAAAACCUAAUAAAAAAAAUAAAAAAAUAAAAAAUAAAAACCCUACCUACCCUACCUGUUUUUUUUAAGGAUGUAACCCUAACCAAACAAUUUUUUUUUUAGGCCCCAUUCGUAAGGCUUUUGACAAAAUAAACCACGUUAAACUGUUCCAAUCACUCCAAAAUAUAGGUAUACAUGGUAAUUUUUAAGAGUUCUUGAAGCUAUGUAUCACGAUUUAAAUUCAUGUGUUAAAACACCAGAUUGUGCAACAAACUUGUUCCCAUGUAAUGUCGGUACAAGACAAGGAGACAAGCCAAGUUCGACAAUUUUUGUCCUAUUCAUUAAUGAGUUAUCAGCCCUUUUACGAGAAAAUUGUGGUUCUGGGAUUUUCAUUACUAAUGACAUGCCUGAUAUUAUUUGCCUAAUGUUUGCAUAUGACGUAGCUAAUUGUGCGGAAACGGUGUUUAAAUUGCAACAACAAUUAAACGUAAUAGAUAGUUUUUGUUCAAAUACCGGUAUGGAGGUCAAUCUUGAUAAGACUGAAAUAAUUGUUUUUAGAAAUGGUGGCCCUUUACGAAAUAAUGAGAAAUGGUUCUUUCGUGGCGUAAAUAUAAAACCAAUAUCUGUUUAUAAAUACAUGGGUAUAUUGUUUAGUCCACAGUUGUCAUGGACGCCAGCACAAGACAAACUAGCAACUCAAGCUCAAAAAGCUAUUUUGCUAUUAAACGUUACCAGAAACCUUUUGGUUAUUUUCCAACAAAAGAACUGUUUAAAAUGUUUGACACUAUGAUAAAACCUAUUCUAUGUUAUGGGUCCCAGAUUUGGAGAUAUACAUUCUGUCCUAAGAUUGAAUAUGUACAAAACGAUUUCUGUAGGAAGCAUAUUGGUGUUAAUAAAAGCACUAAUACAUGUAUGAUUCUUGGUGAAUGUGGAAGAUUGCCUUUAUGUAUAAAUUAUUUCUCUAAUUGUAUUAGAUAUUAUUGCAAAUUAUUACAACUUUCUAAUAAUAGAUACCCUAAACAAUGUUACUUAAUGCUCAAGUCGUUGGAUGAAGUUGGACGCACUUGCUGGGCAAUUUAUAUUUAGAAUGUGCUUUUUAUGUAUGGCUUCGGUUAUAUCUGGAUAUCUCAAGAUGUUGGCGAUAUAUCUAUAUUUAUCAGUGUUUUUAAACAGAGAAUUAUUGAUUGUUUCAACCAAAACUGGCACGAUUCUAUUAACAGUUCCAGUCGGUGUUUUCAUUAUAAAGAAUACAAAACUUUGCUUAAUGUGGAACGUUAUUUAUCUUUAGACAUACCGUACACACACAAAUUAGCUUUUAGCAAAUUUAGAUGUUCAAAUCAAAAAUUGUUAAUUGAAACUGGUAGGCAUAAUAAUAUCCCAAGAGAAGAACGCGUUUGUCGGUUUUGUCUAGAUAAUAUUAACAUUUUUGUUUUAGACUGUGAAUACCAUGCAUUCUUUAUAUGUUGUAAAUAUAAUGAUAUACGAACGCAAUAUUUAUUUAAUUGGUAUUCUAAUGGUACUGAAUUCGAAGAUUUUUAUACGUUAUUAAACACAAACCAAUAUGAAGAUUUACGAAAACUUAGCUUAUUAUGUAAACCAUCUCCUUCUAAUCAUUAAUGGUUAAGGGGAAGUAAUCAUGAUUUUUAUUUACACUUUGCUUGUAUCGAUUAAUUACCCUGACACAACUCAUGCCUUUCUUGUAUGUUAUGUAUUUUGGGCCAGUGGCCUUCAAUUACUCAAUAAACUGUUGACUUGA